CCUCUUCCCUCUUUUCUUCCUUCCCCCCACCAUCACUACGCGCUCGCAGUACUUGUACGCCUUGCCCUUCCCUUCUUUCGUAGAUACCCGCCUCGGUUUUUACCCCCUUUACACAUUCUUUUUUUCGCCUUUUCCCCUUUCGUGGCCAGCUCACGAGAACUCACACUCAUUUGGUUGUGGCGCAUUGAUCAGUUGGAGGAAUUGGUCCUGUUGGAGAAUCCAUCAUUCAUUCCAUUCGUCCAGGAAACACAAAUCCCGUUGACGAUACUUUGAUAUAUCAAACAAAGGAGGAACAGUCAGGCAGUUGGUUCAUUGUGGUGACAAAGUUGGACAAGAGUUAUUUGUGGUAUAUUGGUUACGUGUUGGAUUGGCGAAGAAAGAAAGUUUGGACGACAGGCAGAGAAUUCACCAACGACAUAUCUCACUAUCAAAGUCGUCAUUCUAUUUGGACAAGUGCAGCAGCCGAUUGUCGCUACCUUGGACUUCCAUUCAUCCUCGCAUAUUCCUGCUGCUUCGUUGGUGAAAGCUACGUCACGCUAACCUCGUCCAAUAUCAAUAACCCCAACCUCAGACGACAACAACGACUUGGAUCUAGACAUUAUUCUGACACGACAACCACUUUCCUUCAAACCACAACGUUGUGAACUUUCUCUUCAUUUCUUACAAUCAACGCAAUACCCCUUUUCAACACACCCUUUCCUCUACGACUAUAGUCAACAUGCGCUUGUCCAACAUGGUUGCCCCCAGGGCACUCCUACCUGUUGGAAUGUUCACGCUCUCGGCCAGCGCCUUCUGGCGUAUGCCCUGCAUGGCUCGAACGGGAGUAGCAAGAAUUGAUCCUCUUGUCUCCUGGAACGAAAUCGCUGAACACGCCCAUUCCAUUCAUGGUGGUAAUGGUACGUAAUAUCCGAUCUCUUGCCCGCUUAACUUUUGCGUGUGUCGGUGACAGCGAAGAUGCUUGAUCUGCCCAUCCAUCGGAGCUUUGGACCUACAAGUCUUGAUCCAAAAUACUAACCACCCUCCAGGAUUCUCUAUUAGCGCCAAGACCGACGAGCUCCUUGCUAGUACCUGCACUUCUUGCGCAGUUGCAGAAGACAAGUCUGCAUACUGGCACCCAUCCCUUUACUUCAAAGAUCCCGCCACUGGCAAAUUCACUCUUGUUAACCAACUUGGUGGUAUGCUCGCAUAUUAUCUCCUUCAACCCAACAAUGGAGAGAAGAACGUCACUGCUUUCCCAAAGGACUUUGAGAUGAUCUCUGGUGAUACCAACCGACGUAACUUCAGCUACCCAUCUCCUGAUGUUGAGAAAUCUUUGUGGAACAAGGCACCAUAUAACACUCAAGAAUUUCUGGAGCAGGCCGCCCUAGGUUUCAACUGUCUCGAUUACUCCAAGGCCCCCGAAGGCUCUCUCUACCGCCACACUCUUCCAGAUAAAGCUUAUUUGGAUGCGAACUGCAAGAACGGAGUGCGAUUUGAGAUUAUGUUUCCUUCAUGCUGGGAUGGAAAGCGUGUUUCGUCCCCGAACAAGAAAGAUCACGUUGCAUUCCCUAGCUUGGUCAUGACUGGAGACUGCCCCAAGGGAUACCCAGUUCGUCUUCCUUCCCUGUUCUACGAGACUAUUUGGGACACGUAUGCGUUUGCUGGAAAAGAUGGAGAGUUUGUUAUCGCAAAUGGUGACACCUCUGGUAAGUGACUCUUUCAUCGCAGGCAUCUCAACAAUGAACUGACAAGAAACAGGAGCUGGAUACCACGCCGAUUUCAUCAAUGGUUGGGAUACCAAGUUCCUCCAAGACGCUUCCAACAAAUGUACCUCCCUCUCAGGAAGAGUCGAAGACUGUCCUCUCUUCACUCUUCAAAGUGAUGACAGAUAUUCCAAUUGCAGCAUCACCCUCCCAGCUGCUCUCCAGAAUGAACCAGUUUACGAAGGCUUGCCCGCACUCCCAGGAAAUGUUCCCAUCAUUGAUGGACCCGGUUACGCCCAUGGAGCCGCACCUGGUGGUCAACCAGGAGGAGCCAACCCACCCCCGAUACCCGUCUACUCCCCACCUCCACCACCUGUCCAGGCAUCACCUCCACCACCUCCCGCUCCAGCCUACUCAUCCGGCACCAAGCUUCCAUCAGGUUCAUUCGCCCCAGGAGGAGUCUUCGCCGCCAAACUCACCCCAUCCGGUGGCAUUCCACCAGCCGAGACCGGCUCCGUCCCACCUCCCAUCAUCAUCCCCNAGGUUCAUUCGCCCCAGGAGGAGUCUUCGCCGCCAAACUCACCCCAUCCGGUGGCAUUCCACCAGCCGAGACCGGCUCCGUCCCACCUCCCAUCAUCAUCCCCGUCCCACCAACCCCUACGCCACCACCACCACCACCACCACCAGCUCCUCCUUCCAAGCCCAUCUACAGCACCGAGUACAAGACCAACGGCAACGUCGUCCAGGAGAUCCUAUGGGUUUUGGAGGAGAUCACCGUCACGGCUUCCGUCACGAAUACGGUCUCCGUCCCUGCUCCUACGGGGCCCGGGUACCGCAAGAGACAUAUGUUACAGCACAAGAGACAUGGAUAUUAGAACUUCUCUUUUCUGUGUGUCUGUAGUUUUUUCAGCGAAUGUCUUGCGACUCUGUAUUUAGGCCUAAACAUUGGGAUCUGCGCUUGGCGUUGGGAUGAUUUGGGGGAAAUAUGUACAACUUGUUUUAUCUUUCUCACUUUUUUUCCCUCUUUUUAUUUUUCUUGUAAUGCGGGAUGAUCUUUUUGAUCGAUCGCAUGAGCGGAUGGAUGUUGGAUGGUGGGAUUUGACCGAAAUGAAAUGAAUUGUGACUUUUUUUUCUUCGUCCCAUAUUGAUGGUUUUCUUUUCUUUUUUUUCGUGAUGAAAAUUUGUUUUUCUUUGCGCAAAAUUUUCGGUCU